AUGUUCAGCGCGAUAUUUCUUGGACUAGCUGAAACAGCCCAAGCUCGGAAACAGGGUGGUCACGGUCGUACAGGACUAAUUGUUUCAAUUAUAAUUGGUAUUUUAUUUGACAUGCAUAGUGAUGAAGCUAUGAAAAUAUGUGAUAAAUUAUAUCGACUACGUGAAAAUCCAUCACUAAAAUUAAGUCCACACCGUCCUAUUAAUCUUGACAUUCAGCCAUUGAAAAAAGCAACAUAUUGUCAUGUUUAUUUGUAG